AUGAGAUUUGUAAUAAACAAUACAUACCUUUCCCUUCGUAUGUCCUUGACUUGGUUAAGACUGAUGGGUCUGUGGUCUCCAGAUCUAGUGAGGGGAUGGAAGAAGAUACUAUAUGGAUGUCAUACUAUGUUUAUAUAUAUGUUUGUCGUUGGCACUUUUAUUGUGAUCCAAGCUGUCGAUUUGUAUACCAUCUGGGGUGAUAUUCAACUGAUGACGGCAUCUGCCUUCGUGCUGUUCACGAACCUGACGCACAGCACCAAGAUCCUGAACCUGGUGGUGAGAGCUGAUCGCAUUAAAGACAUCGUGAGGAACAAUGAUCGAGUGUUGAGGUUACAAGAUACUGUGAAAAGCAAGAAUGUUGUCAAAAGUUCUGUUUCGGAAUCCAAUUUUUACUUCCUGGUGUAUGGUUUGGUGACACUCUUCACGAUAUUGCUCUGGCUGUUCGCUGCUGCACUUGAAGCUCAGGAUAAACAACUGCCUAUGAGAGCUUGGUACCCCUUCAACACCACCAAGUCCCCACUUUAUGAGCUCGCAUACACUCACCAGGCGGUGGCACUGUUCCUUUCAGCGAGCAUGAACGCCAGCAAGGAUAUCCUGGUGACCACGCUGAUAGCUCAGUGCAGGUGUAGACUGCAACUCAUCAGUACGGCUCUAAAAAGUUUAUGCCAGGAUAUGCAUAUUGAAAAUAAUCGUUUGACUCAAGGUCAAGGGGAUAUCGUAAAUCUACGCCUGAAAGAAUGUGUCCAAGAACACCAGAACACGCUGGCAACAGUUUCCGAGUUGCAGAACUGCUUUUCGGAGCCAACCUUCGCCCAGUUCACAGUAUCUCUUGUUAUAAUUUGUGUAACGGCCUUUCAACUCGUCUUUAAGCAGGCAAAAGGAUCGAACCCACUAACCUGGUCUUCCAGACGCUCGCUUCAGCUCCUCGACUCAGUAGAAAGAUGCACGGCACUAAUGUUAAUACGUCAGAGACGUUUAAAUGAAGUCAAGGACACGCGCGUUCAAUAUGGCAGUUCUUUUGCAACUGACUGGCAAACUGGUAAGCCAGUAAGAAUGCUGUCCAUGACCUUCUAUUUGCUGAACAUGGUGGGGCAAGUAUAUAUUUACUGCCGAGAAGGAAACGAGUUGUCUCUAGAGAGUGAGAAAGUAUCGAGCUCUGCGUAUGAGUUUCCGUGGUACCAAUGUCCACUACCAGUGCGUCGUUCAGCCCUCAUCAUGAUGACGAGGUGCCGCCGAACAGCCAAGCUUACAGCAGCAGGAUUUACCACUUUGUCACUCGCUUCUUUUAUGGGCAUUUGCAAAGCGUCAUAUUCCUUCUUCACAGUUCUCAAACAGAUGGAUGAAGAGAAAUAA